UCUGCUGCAGUCUGAGGAUCCGGAGGGUCGUCUAGAUACACAGAGAGCACGUCCAGCUGGAACCUAACUUCACACCUACCUAUACCAUACCCGCUUUUUAAAAGUCUACUUAAGAAACGCUGACAAUGCCGAACUGGGGAGGAGGCAACAAGUGCGCAGCGUGCCGCGGGACGGUUUACCACGCCGAGGAGGUGCAGUGUGACGGGAAGAGUUUCCACAAAUGCUGUUUUCUCUGCAUGGUCUGCAGGAAGGGCUUGGACAGCACCACGCUGGCUAUUCAUGACCAGGAGAUCUACUGCAAGUCGUGCUACGGGAAGAAGUACGGCCCCAAAGGCUACGGCUACGGUCAGGGGGCGGGGACGCUCAACAUGGACCGGGGGGAGCGACUGGGAAUCAAACACGAAGAGACACAGACUCACAGACCGACCACCAACCCCAACCCGUCCAAAUUUGCCCAGAAGUUUAGCGGUUCGGACAAAUGUGCCCGUUGUGGGGACUCGGUCUAUGCAGCAGAGAAGAUCAUGGGGGCAGGCAAGCCGUGGCACAAGAACUGCUUCCGCUGCGCAAAAUGUGGCAAGAGCCUGGAGUCGACCACGCAGACCGAGAAAGACGGAGAGAUCUACUGCAAAGCGUGUUACGCCAAGAACUUCGGGCCCAAAGGCUUCGGUUACGGCCAAGGAGCCGGUGCUCUGGUUCACGCUCAGUGAUCA